AUGAGGUACAAGUUUUGGUACUUGGCUCCUGUGGAGGGCGUGGCGAGCACUGCACUGCACCAUGCCACAUCUCACAGCAUCCCAUGUAAUGCUCACAGCAUCCCCACCACAGAUGCAUGCUCUGACAGGCAGUUGGUGAAUGACUCUCUCUCUGCUUGCUCUCUGUCGUGCUUCUUCUCCCCUGCCUGCCAGGAGCCCAUCUUGCAGCGACAGCUCCUCCUGGGCGCCCCUGCUCGCCCAUGUGGCAGCGGCAGCUCCUGUGGACGGCUGGCGAGGGGUGAAGGCGCCUCAUGCCAUGGUUUCCUUGCACUCACUCUCUUUCUUUCUCUGCCUCUCCUUCGCUGGCAGGUGUUGUUUUGGUUUGGAGGCCCCUCGCUAGCCAACACUCAAGGCAUCACCAAGGCGCAAGGCACCACCGAGGCCCCUCUGCACGCCUGCAAGCGAGCGCCCGGGCCUGCAGCGCCCGUGCACGCGCCAUCAACAGAUAAGCUCACCGCCCUUGGGUUCUCAUCUGCUCCCUGUCUGCUUUUGCAACCCCUACCGCCAUGCUGCCUGCCUUGCCAUUUCCUCGCCCCCCCACCUGCUGCCGUGUCAGCCGUCCCUCCAUGGAGCCUCUCCCCCAAGUUUAGGCACUCUGCUUCAAGCCUGUUCAAGGUGCAACAGCAAGGUGAAGAAGCAAGGCGCAGCAUCAAGGGGCAGCAACGCACCUUCAACGCUCCGCACAAAGAUAAGCCCUCUCCCCUUGGUUUCAUACCCGCUCCUUUUCUCUUUCAGCUCAAGCUCAUGUUCCCUGCGCUGUCAUCCCCCCAUCCGCCCUCCCCCUGGCUCUCAUGCCAACCACCCCUCCACAGAGACUUCCCUCUUGGCUUGCUGCUCCAAGCCUCUACUGGAGUGCAAGGCGCAGCAGGAAGGCCCACGAGCAUGGCACAGGAGGAAGGCGCACGAGCAUGGCACAGGAGGAAGGCCCACCAGCAUGGCACAGGAGGAAGGCCCACGAGCAUGGCACAGGAGGAAGGCCCACGAGCAUGGCACAGGAGGAAGGCGCAGGACUAA